AUGCCGCAUCAAAUCGAACAUCCAUCAUCGGAGGCCAAUAUGGAUUCUGAAAGCUUUCAUAAAGACUCAUUUUCGUCUAUUGCCCGCACCACAGCUCUUGAAGAUACUUUCACCGCCAUAGAGUUACAGCCUUGGAAGGGUACAGACGCGCGGAAUAUUCAUCUCCCAAAUUCCAUGGAAGCAGACGUCGGCCACAACCCAAGAAGAUUUUCACCGUUAAACACAGAUGACGAUGAGAAAUCGGAAUCAGAUGCCAGCCCAGACCCCGAUCCAAGAUAUAUCCGCUCAAAAUUUCUCUCGCCGUACGCAUGGUCGAUUGUAUUGGGAGAAUUAUGUGUUAUUCUCUUUGUUACUGGUUUCAUUAUUGUCACAAAUCUGUGUCAAGUACCAUUACCACCAAGCGUAGCCCAAUGGGCAAAGGAUUCUCCAAAUAUGAAGGCUUUUUGCGUCACAGCGAUUUCAACAUCUCUUUCGGUAUUAUGCUCAUUUAACGUGGCAGCCUUCCUCUGUAGCGGGUUUUCCAACGCAGUACUUUUGUAUACGACCGCUACUUUGACUCGGAGUCCUACUUCACUAUUUGAACUUUCAGCCGUCAUUGAUGUUUCAAGAGCAUCAUUUGUUUUUCGGAAAUCCCAUUUAACGAUCUCGAUUAUGACCGUAGCUAGUACGAUCGUACUAAAAUCGAUGACAGCCAGCUUUGCCACUCUUCUGACACCAUCACCCAUCAUGUUACGCCAGGGUAUGUCAGGCCAAGAAAUUGAUUUAAGUAAAGCCGAGUUUGGAAAAAUGUUACACAAAGAGAUAGGCUGGGAUGAUGAAGAACGCACCCAGCCUCAGGGCAGUGCAGUAUUUGGAUACAUAGCAGGUUAUGGCAGUAUGCCAGCGGCUCCCUCUCACACCAGAUAUCCCAGCAUGUUCACGUUCAACGGAGCGACAUAUUCGAUCCCUACUGGGGGAAUCCUGGCCGUUGGUCCAAUGCACUCAGUAAUUCACAAUCCACGUAAGGAUGGACACUUGGUUGGAGAUGACACUGCAGUUGAAAUGAAAAAAUAUUAUCAUGUCGAUGGAAUAGCAGAUGACACUGUCUUUAGCACUUCAAUAAACUAUACAACUCAUCAAAUAGGAUUACGGGGAGGGGUCUCAUGUAAAGCUAUAGGUUCAUCUGGUUUAGCAAGUUCUUGUGCUAGAAUUCAACUCAAGCUGGUCAAACAUUGGAAGUCACCUUCGCCUCGUAAUCAAAGUUUCUCUGAUUGGGUUUUGAGCGGAGCUUGCCCAAAUGGAACACAAAUUGAUGUGCCUAUGACUACCUUCCGGUACAUCCCGGGACUGAGAAACAAGACAGUAGAGAUUAUGGGCCAAGCUGGUGCUCAUGUUUGCUUUGAUCAAGAUUUGACCGGUGCUAAAUCAACUGGAAAUCAUGGGAUCACGAUACCAUUUCUUGAGGCCAACUGUGUGUGA